AUGGAACCUUUGCUGAUCCAUUCAGCCUCCAUCUUCACCACCCCACCACACUCCACAUCUGAGUGUAAGCCCCUCGGGAGUGGGUUUUGCAUUCAUCAUAUUUGUGUUUCUAGUGUGCAGCAUAUUGUCUGGAACAUACAGCUGGCCUGGCCUAGCCCCACUGCUUGCCGGCUCCAUGGACAUGGCCCUAUGAGGCUCCCAGCACCCCAGCAGGGCCUGGAAACCCACCAGCAGCAGCUGUGGAUGCCCUUGUCCCACGCUGGGAGGCAUCACCACCCAAAAUGGAACAGCAUCACCAUGGGGCCCUGGAGGGACCACCUCUGGCCUCUCUUUCCACUCCUCCUCUCCUGGGCGGCAGGGAGCCCCAGGAACCAGCUGGUCACCCAGGCUGCACAGGGCUUUGUCAAAGUCCACUUCAAAGUGACACAGUUUAUCAUGGAAGCAGGUGUCAAGCUAGAGAUAGAAUCAAUUCCAAUUGCCACAGCCAGCACCAUUUACCAUCAAUCUUUCUGUGGCAGCAAAUUAGAUGCAUAUGACCCCUACCCCAUAGCCAUGUCAACCAUUUACUUGGAAGGUAAAGUGGAGGAGCAACACCUCAGGACAAGAGACAUCAUCAAUGUCUCUCAAAGGUAUUUAAAUCCCAAGAGUGAACCUUUGGAGUUAGACUUCUGGCUCUGGGAACUGAGGGACAACAUUUUUCAAUGUGAAUUACUCAUGUUGAGAGUUUUGUAUUUCCAAUUCUUCUUCCAGCAUCCUCACAAAUAUCUGCUCCACUAUUUUAUUUCUUUGAAGAAUUGGAUGAACUGUCAUAUUUGGGUGAGGACACUCAUCUCUCUGGCAGCCUGGGCACUGCUCUAAGACAGCUAUCAUGGAGUAUUGUGCCUUCAAUAUCCAGCCCAGGACAUAGCUGUAAUAGUGCUCUAUCUUGCCUUGCAGUGCUAUAGAAUAAAGGUGCUUUCCAAUUCUGAGGCAGAAAAACCAUGGUGGCGGAUUUACACAAUGGACACAAAAAUCCCUUUAAUUGUUCUAGAGCCAUCCAAGGAGAAGCAAACAAACAAACAAAAUUGUUAUCAGAAUCGGUCACAGGAAGCAGCUUUGCAUUAA